CUCAAUUGCCUUCUGUCACCAGAAAAUCCACCGGGAAUGUCGGGAAAACUAUUUCUAAAUUUUCCCCAAAAUCACAUGUAAAUAGUAGUUAGCCUGAGGUGUCUUUACUUUUUUUUUUAAGAAAGUGCUGUGCCAUUCAAGAGGUGUGAGCAAGCAAACAAACCGUUGAGAGUGAGAAGACUGCGUGUUCACCCUAAUAACAUUUUGCCGAAAAAGAUUUGUUAUUCAGGCACUCGCGUCCACAAAAAAUCUAUACACAUUUCCCUCCUCGAAUUUGUGAGAGUCAGACGCUGCAGAAAGACCUCAUCUGGUGGUUCAUGAGUAGCUCAUUGUCAGGGAAAAGAUUCAUUCAUACCUUCCUUGGAUGCGCUCUGAACAACGCACCACUGCGAUCGGUCCUAAUCUCGCGGUUGUGGUUUUUCUAGGGCAAGUGAUAUAAAUUAGAGUUGAGCAUGAGAAUUGAUAAGCAGUCGAUAAGAUAAAGUGUUUGAACAGAGUGUCUCAGUGCGGUGACUAUUUUACCCAUUUUAUGAGCGAUUUCAGUGCAAUUUGAGGCAUUUGGUGGAAAAGGGCCAAAACACAAAUGGUGCAAAAAAGUGAAAAAUCUGGUACGAGAGACGACAUGGCUAGUAAAAAGAUCGAAAGUGUUGUCCCCAAGCAAAAGCACGAACUUCUGAAAUGGAAUGGAUGGGGUUACAACGAUUCCAAAUUCUACGUGAAUCAUGACAAAAUUCUAGCCUUUAGUGGUUCUCGGUAUCCAAUUGGCGAGCAAGACUUACCAAACUUCACAAAAUGGGUGCUCAGGAAAUUUCAUGUGGAUCUAGGUAAUCCCCAAAAGUCCCAGGGUAUACCACAAAAUCUUCCUGAACCACGAGUCAGUGAGGAAUUUUUAGAUAAUUUGAAGCAAUUGCAAGUGGAUUUUUCAACGAAUGGAUUAGAUAGAUUAAUUCGAUGCCAUGGACAGACGCUCUAUGAUAUCGAAACCCUGCGUAGAGGGACAUUUAAGAGGAUCCCUGAUGUGGUACUCUGGCCAACUUCUCAUGAGGCAGUAGUGGAUCUUGUUGAGCUUGCGAAUAAGCUCGAUAUUGUGCUGAUUCCUUUUGGGGGUGGAACUAGCGUCUCAGGUGCUAUAACAUGUCCCCAAGAUGAGGAACGCACAAUUGCUGCUGUGGAUAUGUGCCAGAUGAAUCGAAUGCUGUGGUUGGAUCGGGAAAACUUGGUUGUGUGCUUCGAAGCAGGAAUUGUGGGACAGGACUUGGAGAGGGAGCUUCGAAAACUCGGCUUGACUGUUGGCCAUGAACCUGACAGCUAUGAAUUUUCCACUUUGGGUGGAUGGGUAGCAACUCGGGCCAGUGGCAUGAAAAAGAAUGUUUACGGUAAUAUCGAAGAUCUUGUGAUUCGUGUAAAAAUGGUGACCAGUCGAGGGGUUCUCGAGAGGAAUAUAGCUGCCCCUCGUGUUUCCUGUGGACCUGAUUUCAAUCACAUCAUUAUGGGCUCUGAAGGGACUCUUGGGAUCGUGACAGAAGUGCUCCUAAAAGUGCGUCCUCUGCCUCCAGUUAAGCGGUAUGGAUCUCUGGUUUUUCCAGACUUUGCAUCAGGUGUAAAGUUUAUGCGAGAAGUGGCUAAAAGACGCUGUCAACCAGCUUCCAUUCGCUUAAUUGACAACGAACAAUUUCAAUUUGGGCAAGCUUUGAAGCCGGAAGGCAGCUUUCUCUCUGGAUUUGUAGAGAAGCUGAAGAAAAUGUAUCUUUUCGGUUGGAAGGGCUUCGAUAUAGAGAAAAUUUGUGUCACAACCUUGCUGUUUGAGGGUGAAGUUAAUGAUGUCAAUACUCAGGAGAAGCUUAUCUACGAAAUUGCAAAGAGAUUCGGUGGCAUUCCUGCUGGAGCUCAAAAUGGGGAACGGGGAUAUGUACUUACAUUCGUCAUUGCUUAUAUUCGGGAUCUGGGCUUGGAUUACAACGUGGUGGCAGAAUCAUUUGAAACAUCUGUACCAUGGGAUCGCUGUGAGGCUCUAUGUGAAAAUGUUAAAGAGCGAGUGCGACAGGAAUGUGCUGUGCUCAACAUUAGUGACUAUUUAAUCUCUUGUCGAGUGACACAAACAUAUGAUGCUGGAGCAUGUGUCUAUUUCUACUUUGGCUUCAAUUCAACCGGAAUGACCGAUCCGGCGCACGUCUAUGAAGAAAUCGAAAGCAAAGCCCGUGACGAAAUUCUGUCCUCAGGUGGUACAAUUUCGCAUCAUCAUGGUGUGGGAAAAUUGAGAAAGAAGUGGUAUCCUCAGAGUAUUUCAUCUGUCGGACUUGGACUAUUUAAUGCUACAAAGAACGAACUAGAUCCCAAAAACAUCUUUGCUGUAGGUAAUUUGGCAAAUGACACUUCCACCAUUGCCAAAUUGUAAUAAGUAGCCUGAUUAGCUUAUCUCUUUGCGACUUUUGUAUGGGUAUUUUUUGUGUUAAUUUUUUCUGGUCGUAGGCGUAUUAUGACAUUCCCAUUUAACUCAUGUAUCAUUUUCAUAAAAUUCGCGAUAAUAUUUAAGUAAAUUCAUUAGUACAAAGAUGCCAUUUGUAGUGCGAAUUGAAGAAGGUGAAAGCGCGCGAAAGAAAAUACAGUGGGUGGCAAAAGCUUUUGUCAAAUAACUUUCUAAAGCGAUGUAUAUAUGUUUGGUAUUAUAGUUUGAAUUGUGUACUAUUUUCAAAAUAAAGCUUGGAAAAGAAAAGUA